GUGGAGGUGUCAUUCACAUGAAGAUAGCCCAUACAUUGGCUGUAGAUGGUUAUAUCAAAGCUAACAGUGAAAAUAUUGUGAAGAGUGAUGGAAAUGGUGGAAGUGGUGGCAGUAUUACCAUUUAUACACACAAUUUUACAGGAAGUCAUACAGGUCACAUCCAGGUUAUUGGCGGAUCAGGAGAUGUUACUAAAGGAGGUGGUGGUGCUGGUGGUAGGAUCGCUCUGUAUCAUUCUCGCAAUGAGACCAUACCUCACUACAGAGGCUAUUUUGACUCUUUUGGUGGGAAGCCAGGCACCAAUGCUGAAGCCGGUGCUGCAGGCACAGUUUAUGUACAUGAUGGUGAAAGGUCAUAUAGCAUGCUUCAAAUAGAUAAUAAUGGCCAGAGAUCAAUAAAUGAAGAGACUGCCAUAUUGAAUGAAGGACACAGGAUAGAUCUUUCCUCGGUUCCGGGACAGUACAGUACAAGUACAUCGUACACAACAACCCAUGGACAUAUUGUGACUAGUAACCAAGAAAUAUAUGUACGCACCUAUUUGAACAGCUACAGAAAUGAAUACUACAGGCUACACCAUAUGUUUGACCAUACAAUGGGCUCCUCAUGGACAGACUUCUUCAUGGCUAGAGCCGGGUCAGCUAAGGUCACCAUAACCCUGAAUCAACAGAUGUACAUUAAUAAAAUCAAAAUUUAUCCAACUAUUGGGUACAGCACUAAAUUCAAGGUUACAGGAUACAACAAACUGGCUGGAUCUAGUUUUGAGGUGACAAGUAACUAUAUUUUACCUAGCAACCAUGGCACACAAGGCUCAUACAUUGACUUGCCUGUCGGACAAGAAGCUGUUAAAUUUGAUUUUGACCUUGUCAGUACAUCAAGUUCCUAUGUAGCUUUGUGUGAGAUUGAAAUAUUUUCAGAUCCCUCCCCAGAUGAGCUCAGGUACAAACAUAUUGGUCUUUUUGGAGCGUCUACAUGGAUCUUUGCCGAUCGUAAUGAACAGUUUACAUUCAGUGAGGUCAUUCUGAAAGGACAAUCUCAUCUUGCCUUUAUGCCAAGGCAUGACUACACAGAUGGUGUACUGGUUGAUGUUGGUAAUGUCAUUGGAGACAAAACAGGUUUUCUUCAUGUUGGUUACAACCAAGAAGUUUCUAUUAACAAAACAGCAUAUGAUGUUCCAUUUAAUACCCAUGUUUAUGAAACUGGUCAUGUGACAUACCCACCACGGACUUUCUUCUACAAGACAAAACUUGUAUCUUCUGGAAAGGUUUCAGGAAUGGAAGACCUGUAUGUGUUCAAAGGAGGACUGGUUUCCAUAGAUACGAGUGGUAGCAUAGCAACCAGUCACACCAGUGCUAAAGUAUCAAUGAAAUCUCUGCAUGUACAGGAGGCAGGAACGUUUGAGAUGAAAUCUUACACAUCUCUUGAUAGCUUCAAUAUGGAUGCAACAAAUAUAUCAAUAUAUGGAGGAGGCCAUUUCAAAGUAAACACGGCUUUAAAAAUGACUGUGCACCAUUUAUUGGCUGUAUAUUCUGGUGGCAAGUUAGAUCUUAGUGGAGCAGGUUUUCUGUCUGAUUCAGUGAAUCACGGACCAGCACCUGGAAUAGGUUCAGCAUCAGGAGGAAGUGGUGGUGGCCACGGUGGAAGUGGAGGUCGAGGCUCUGGGCUCACAACAGUUGGUAUAGGGUAUGACUCCAUGUAUGAACCUAAUAUAGCAGGAUCAGCAGGUGGCCAUGGAUACCAUUUUGGUGAACUAUAUUUUGGUGACAAUGUCUAUGGUAAUACUGUGGUACGUAAAGGUUUAGGUGGACCUGGUGGAGGUAAACUUGAGGUCCGUAGUCGACAUGUAGACAUUGAUGGAUUAGUAGCUGCCAAUGGCAUGAACCCUGAUGCUAGAUCUGAUAGAGGUGCAGGUGGAGGAGCUGGUGGGGCUAUCUGGAUUAUAUGUGAGGAAGUUGUUGGACAUGGAACAAUCACAGCUUUUGGUGGUAAUGGAGGAGGGGUCAAAGGUCAGGCUGGAGGUGGGGGUGCUGGAGGCAGAAUCUCUGUACAGUGUGAUAACAUCCAUAAAUUCAAUAUCACCAUGAGAGCUUAUGGCGGCGUAAGUAACAGUGAGACCGGAGGGGCAGGGACAUCAUACCUUGAAGCAAGGCACGAAAACGGUACACUUUACAAAAAGAAACUCACUGUUGACAACAAUGGCCAUGCCUACCCUCAUGCUGCAGAUUACAAUGCUGGCUUCUUGAGAAAUCUUCUAAAUGGAGAAUAUAAAGAUAUCACUAACACUGGUGGUGUAACUUGGCUUUAUCAUGACAAACUUGCGUACAGUUUUAAGGAAUUGGACGUACGUGGAAACGCCCAUGUUGCUAUUUUAAGUGACACAGACAAUGAAGUCAUUGAUUUACGUGUAGAUUUUCUCUGGGGCGACAGGACCGGUGUGUUGCAUGCUGGGAAAAAUCAGACUUUUGGAUUGAGAGAUGUGGAUGUGUAUUUGCCGACUAACUUAGCAGCAUACAGGUAUAGCAGAAUAGAAGUUCCAUCAAAAGUGACGCUGCGUGAAGUAUGGGCUGAGAUUAACGGUACUAUAGAAGGCAUGAAUGUUAUAGCUGUAGAAAAUGAAGGAGAACUGUACAUUUGGUCAUAUGCCAACUCAGAUGGCUACAAGGAAGGUCAGCUUGUGGCAACAAACAUUUCUGUGAGAGCAGGUGGAAAGUUUGAGCCUCUGACAGCUGUAGAACAGAUGAACCUGAUCGUGACUAGGCUUGUGGUGAACGGCAAUGGUUAUGUGAGGACUAAUAGCCUGAAACUAAAUGCUACAAAUGUUACAAUUGACCUGUCAGGUGAUUUCCAUGCUGACUACACUGGUUUCCCUGGCAACGAGGGUCAUGGUAAAGGAAGAAAUGCCAACACUCACGAAGGUGGAGGUACUGGUGCUGGUCAUGGAGGUCGUGGGGGUAGAUGUAAAAAUGGAUAUUUCUCAGCAUACUCUUAUGAUUCUAUGUAUUUCCCCACUCAGAUGGGUAGUGGAGGUGGUAAUUCUCCAAGUGGAAAUGGCGGUAGGGGUGGAGGUAUAAUACACAUGUUUAUCAAAGAUGAAUUAAGGGUUGAAGGUCGAUUACAUAGUAAUGGUGAAAAAGGUGGAGACAGUAAAGCAGGAGGUGGGGCUGGAGGAUCUCUAUAUAUAUCAGCCAAUCAUCUUGAUGGAACCGGAUCUAUUGAAGUCACAGGAGGAGCAGGAGGUACAAAUGGUGGAGGAGGGGGAGGUGGACGAAUAGCUAUCUAUCACACAGACCAAAACCACUUCACUGGCAAAUACCUUGUACAUGGUGGGUGGGGUACAGAGCAAUAUGGUGGCCCAGGAACUGUGUAUCUGGAGUCUCGCUUUGUAACUCCAGCCUAUAGACAUCUGACAGUAGAUAACAAUGGUCAUUCUACAAGCAACAGAAUUUAUGAAGUGGAGCGUCUCAACUUAGCAGGAAAUUAUUACACAACAAGAAAUUAUCCAGAAAUGGUCUUCCAUAGUCACAAUGGUGUUAAUACUACAACUACAGCACGUCCACAUAGUGUGUUACAUAGUAUUCCAGAUGCCAACUACUACUACCCAACUUAUCCAUUAAGCCAUUUAUUCACACCUGGAAAAGCAAAUGUGAACACGAUCUACAUGUCACAUGCAAAACAGGCAACCUUGACCAUUGACUUACCAUAUAAAACUUAUGUGGAGUAUCUGCAAAUAUUUCCAUACUGUGAGAGUUUUAAUAUAUAUGGGACAGCAUAUGCAGUAGGAAGUUCACUAGAAGGUGGAACAGUAACCAGUCAUACAAAUGGCUUUGUAAAUACAGACUAUUGCCAAACACAGAGAGAACCUGACCAGUUUGGUACUGUAGAAAUUAGGGACAAUAUUGACAAGAUCAUCAUACACCUAAGGGCUAGUGGAAGUUAUGUGGCACUCAGUGAGGUAGAGGUAUAUGUACAAGAAGACCCAACAUCUAUCACACAGACACCAUAUAACAAUGGUAAUGGUGCAGGCUUCAUACUACCAGAGACAUCUACCACCAAAUUCACAUUUGACAAGUUAGAAAUUUUGGGAGGAGCCUCUCUUAAUCUUGACAAUGCUAACAUGAAGCUAACAGCACACCAGGUCUAUGGGGACGAUACAGGCAGAGUGACUCUUAGACGAUCACAGACAUAUAACAACACACAGGAUAGAGUCCUUCAAACAUUUGGUAUCCUCACUCAGAGAGAAUCAAGCCUGAAUUUACCUUUAGAGCUUGACUGUCGGGGAAUAGAUAUGUAUGUUAAAGGAUACUUUCACUCAAUGGAGAACUUCACAGUGAAUGCCAGAUGUAACCUGACAAUUGACCAUCAUAAAGUUACUGAGAACUCUAUAGAUAAUCUAGACAUCAAGACUUUUGGAUCUGUCAGAGUUUUUACUGAAGAAGAGGCAUUAACAACUCUUGUUGGUACAUCACUCACUGUCCGCAGUGGUGCCAGGUUAACCUCUAAUGAUCUGAAGUUAGAUUACUACAAUGUGACCAUAGAACCAUAUGGUCUAAUGACUGUCACUGAAGGUUGUCCAUACAAUCUACAACAUGAGGGUAAUUACAUGUCUGUAUAA